AUGAGUUCCAUAGCUGGGGGUAUAAUAUUACAGUGAUGAAGAGCUGGAGGAAUAAACCUUUAUCUAGGUUAUACAAAUUGCCCGAGGAUGGCGCAAAAUAGCGCCAUCCUCAGGCAAUAUGUAUAUAUUGAAAGUGGAAAUGCAAUAAAUAUAAACUGCAGUUCAGAACUCAUACACAGGUUAAAAAAAAGAGGGAAAAAGAUUAUAAAAGAUAACCAAGACGACUAUUUUAAUGGGCUCCGUUGAUCUUCCCCGAAACCUAUAUCCAAAUUGGUGAUUCUCGGAGACCCAGUUUUGUAG